AAUAGCCAAUAUAUAGGCACUAGCCUUGUGGCCAAAAGCACUAGCUUUCGUGCGGUCACUAAGAAGACUGCUGGAUAUUACAACAGCACGUAGCUAGCUAAUCAUAUGUUUUUACCUCUAAAACUCAGCAAAAAGCUUAUUAUCAUCGGUUGCAGUAUACAAAUCCGUGACAUUAGAUUACAAUCAAUAUUCUCCUUUUAAAUCCACCUGUUUCUGUUCAAGCCGAGUAUAACCUAGUCCCCAAUCAACACCUACACCAAAGAGAGAUUUAGAGAAGGAAAAGUGUGUAACAAAAGGAGUUUGAAAGAGAUUAGAUUAUUAGCUAUGGCUAGAGGGAAGAUCCAGAUCAAGAGGAUAGAGAACUCUACAAAUCGACAGGUCACUUAUUCAAAGAGAAGAAAUGGUCUGUUCAAGAAAGCUCAUGAACUUACUGUUCUUUGUGAUGCAAAGGUCUCCAUUAUCAUGUUCUCUAGUAAUGACAAGCUUCGUCAAUACAUUAGCCCAUCCACCACAACAAAGCAGUUGAUUGACCAGUACCAGAUGACACUUGGGGUUGACAUAUGGAUCUCACAGUAUGAGAAAAUGCAAGAUCACCUGAAGAAACUGAAAGAUGUGAACAGGAAUCUGCGUACUGAGAUAGGGCAAAGGAUGGGUGAAUGCUUGAGUGAUCUAAGCUUUGAGGAUUUGCGUGGGCUUGAGCAACAGAUGGAUAAUGCUAUCAAGGUUAUUCGUGAGCGCAAGAAUAAGGUGGUUUCCAAUCAGAUAGAAAAGUUCAAUAGAAAGCUAAGGAAUUUGGAAAAAAUACAAAAAAAUCUUCUAGAUGAAUUUGAGGCAAGAGUUGAAGAUCCACACUAUGGGUUAGUAGAUAACGGAGUGGAUUAUGAUUCUGUUAUUGCUUUCCAAAACGGAGGACCUCACAGACCUAACCAUAUUCCUGGCGGGGCAGGAUCCGAUCUUACAACCUACCCUUUGCUUGAGAAGCAUCUGAGGUCAUGCAUCUGAGGUCACUGAUCAUAAGUUGGAGAUGUUCAAAGUUAUCCUUGUUACAAAUGACUUCUUAAUUGAGAUUGUGAUAUGUUAACUCUUUUUUACCUAAUGUAACUUGUAUAACUAAUAUGCAACCAACUCUUUUUCUUUUUUCCCUUCUAACUAUCAUUUAUAAUAUUGAUGUUAGAGUUGCAGCA